CAUCUCCUCCUACUUCACUAACUUUUGUUUGCCUCCCUCUAAACCAUAAAGAUAAAAGUCAAGUAGUAUAAGACAAUCUAUUCCAUAUAAUUAUUCACUUCCUCUUCUUCUACCUUUGUGUGAGCGUGGAAAUGCGAAAAACUGCGGCCAAAGCUCGAAGCUUGAAGUGAAGAAAUGGAAGUUGUGGCCAGAUUUAUACUUGUCCUUUCCCUGGUGGUAGCGGCCCAAUCUACAUGCAACAGUACAGACUACGCACUGGUUUCUAAAGCUUUUAGAUCAGUCUCUGGGUUCAGCAUCUCUUGGUUGAAAUCCCACGACCCCAACUGCUCUUAUCCUCCAAUAAAGGUACUCGACUUUUCUUCAAAGAAUUUAACUGGUACCAUUUCAUGGAAAUUUCUCCGCAAGGUUUCACAGUUGCGCACCAUUGAUCUCUCCAACAAUUCUCUUCAAGGUUCUGUUCCAGGUUGGUUUUGGUCUAUGCCCACACUCGUUGAGGCUAGUCUGGCGAGAAAUAAGUUUGGAGGGAGUAUUGGGUUCGAACCUACCUUGGGAAAUGGUUCGUCUUCAUCGAUGCAGGUGCUGAACCUUUCGGAUAACAGGUUCACCAACUUGGUUAAACUCUCUGGCUUUCCCAACCUUCAAUUUCUUGAUCUUUCCCACAAUCAUCUUGGUGUUCUUCCUUCUGGGUUCACCAAACUUACCAAGCUCCAGCACCUGGAUAUUUCUAGUUGCAAGAUUUCAGGCAGUGUAAAGCCCAUUUCAGCUCUUCGUUCCUUGAAUUACUUGGAUGUAUCAAACAACUCCCUGAAUGGUACUUUCCCUUCUGAUUUCCCUUUAGUCAAUAGCCUAAACUUCCUAAACAUUUCGCUCAACCACUUCAUCGGUUCAGUUGGGUUUGACAAGUUCCAAAGAUUUGGCAAAUCUGCUUUUAUUCAUGGUGGGGAUUUCGUUCUCAAUACUUCAAAAAGAGCACCAAACCAUCGCAUUAAAACCCAUUCCUUGACCCCAGCUCACAAAGUCUUUCAAAAACAUGUACCCCUCAAAAGACAUAAACCCAAAUCAAAGACCAAAGCUUUGGUCAUUGGUUUGUCAUCUUCAUCAGGGUUUCUACUGGCUUCCCUUGUGUUUUGCUUCUUCUUCACAUAUAGAAGAAAGAAACUUGCGAAGAGAAACAAAUGGGCAAUCUCCAACCCGGUCCAACCAAAUUUCAAGAUCGAAAAAUCAGGACCCUUCUCUUUCGAGACUGAAUCGGGCUCAUCCUGGGUCGCGGACAUCAAAGAACCGACAUCAGCACCAGUAAUCAUGUCCGCUAAGCCAUUGAUGAACUUCACCUUCAAGGACCUGAUUGCAGCCACGUCACAUUUUGGCAAGGAAUCUCUACUUGCAGAAGGCCGAUGUGGGCCCCUUUACAGAGCCGUCCUUCCAGGGGACCUCCACGUGGCGAUCAAAGUCUUAGAACACGCCAGAGACAUUGAUCAUGAUGAAGCCGUGGCCAUGUUUGAACAUCUUUCUAGGCUUAAACACCCUAACUUGCUACCUCUCUCCGGUUACUGCAUUGCAGGUAAGGAGAAGCUGGUGUUGUAUGAAUUUAUGGCAAACGGGGAUUUACACCGUUGGUUACACGAACUUCCAACGGGGCCGCCCAACGUGGAGGAUUGGAGCACCGACACUUGGGAUAUGCACAACGGAAUCGGGUCCCAUACAUCUUCGCCGGAUAAAACGAAUUGGCUGACCCGCCACCGCAUCGCGGUUGGAGUUGCUCGUGGGGUGGCAUACCUGCAUCACGUAGGGUCGAGGCAUGGCCACCUGGUGGCUUCCAAUAUUCUCCUCUCUGACAACCUGGAACCUCGGAUAUCCGAUUUCGGGAUAAGAAACAUUGGGUGUAGAAAAGAGAAGGAUAAGAAGGAUGAAAGCGACGCUGAAAUUGAUGUUUAUUGUUUUGGUGUUGUUUUAUUGGAGCUUUUAACGGGGAAGCAAGGGACGGAGGAGAAUGUGAGGCGGGUGAGGAGGUUAGUGAAGGAAAGGAAAGGAGUUGAGGCGCUUGACUCCAGGUUGAGACUCGCCGGUGAAUCGGAGGCUGAAAUGGUGGAGAGCCUCCGAGUUGGAUACUUGUGUACGGCGGAGUCAGCUGAGAAAAGGCCCACGAUGCAGCAAGUUCUGGGAUUACUCAAAGACAUACAUCCGACAGUAGACGAUUUCAACCGAUUUCAUGGGUAAAACUAUAAAGUAAAACGCACGCUCAUACACUCUUCGGCGGUGUUAAUCACGCGCUGUAAAAUUAUUUGAUAAUGAAAUCGAGACAUUGCCUUGUUGUCUCUCAAAUUUUA